ACAUUAUCUUUGUGUGGAAGUACGAACGGGCCCCUUUUUUGUUGGCACUUGGUGGCAAGUUUCUGUUCGAAUUUCCACCACCAUAUAUUAUAAAGUGUUUUCAUAAUUUCCAAGUGAUUAACGACAAAAGCAUGUUCUCGAGUAAGGUUAUAACCCACGUGUGCCACCAAAUGAGCCGGCUAUCGCCAAGACUUGCCUCUACAGUUUCUGAGAACACGAGGAUUGAAAAAACACUGAAUCAAGUAUCUCUACUAGGCAGAGUUGGGGCAGAUCCUCAGAGAAGAGGAUCUGAAGAGCAUCCAGUGGUUGUUUUUUCAAUGGCAACUCACACUAAUUACAAAUACGACGGAGGAGAUUUCGUCCAGAGGACUGACUGGCACAGAAUCUGCGUCUUCAAGCCCAGUCUCCGUGACGCAGUCUACGAAUACCUGAAGAAAGGUCAACGGGUGAUGGUAAAUGGCCGACUGAGCUACGGAGAAAUUAAAGACGAGGCUGGAAACCCGAAAUCCACGACUGCAAUUAUCGCUGACGACGUGAUAUUCUUCCAGAGUAAUUGACAAGAAUACUAAAUAUCAAACUAUCCCCUUCAAUUUCCGCCAUAAUAUUAAACACUGGUUGCAAUGUUUUCAACUAAUUUUCUCGUUCAACUUGUACAAACAAUAAUAAUGUAAUUUUUCUAAAAAAGAA